AUGCUCACAAGGUUGAACCUUAGUUAUAACAAUCUACAGGGUAACAUUCCUAGGGAGAUCUUCCACACUGGCUCCACACUGACCAUAUGUGCAUUAUCCUACAAUAACUUACAAGGAACAAUACCUACAGAGUUCAGUAAUCUUAGGCAGCUAGUUGAGCUGUAUCUUUCAUCCAACAAACUUUCUGGGGAAAUUCCUAGUGCUUUAGGUGAGUGUCAAGAGCUGCAGAUCCUCCAAAUGGACCAGAAUAUUCUCACAGGGGAUAUUCCGGAGUCUUUGAGCAAUCUGAAGAGCUUGGUGGUGCUCAACUUUUCACAUAACAGUUUGUCUGGAUCCAUUCCGACAUCAAUAAGUGACCUGAAAUAUCUGAACCAGCUAGACCUCUCUUACAACCAUAUUCAUGGAGAAGUACCAAGAAAUGGGGUAUUUGAAAAUGUCACGGCUGUUUCUCUCGAUGGGAAUUCGGGACUUUGUGGUGGAGCAGUGGAUCUUCGUAUGCCCACUUGCUCUGCUAUUUCUCAGAGAAAAGGAAGACUGUACUACUUGGUCAGAGUAUGUAUCCCUUUGGUUGGCUUCACAUCACUCGUAUUAUUCGCUUACUUUGUACUCCUGGAGAGCAAGACGCCAAGAAGAACAUACUUACUGUUGCUUUCUUUUGGCAAGCAUUUUCCUAGAGUUACCUACAGGGAUCUAGCUCAAGCUACACAGAGCUUUUCUGAGUCAAACCUGGUUGGGAGAGGAAGCUACGGUUCAGUAUAUAGAGGAAAGUUAACUCAAGCAAAAAUACAAGUGUCUAUUAAAGUUUUUGACCUCGAUGUGAGAUACGCAGACAAAAGUUUCAUUUCAGAAUGUGAGGUUUUGAGAAGUAUUCGACAUCGAAAUCUUGUUUCUAUCUUAACAGCAUGCUCAACAAUAGAUAAUGAUGGUAACACUUUCAAAGCUCUAAUUUAUGAGUUCAUGCCAAACGGGAAUUUGGACACAUGGUUACACACAAAAUCUGCUGGCGAAGGUCCAAGGAUUUUGAGCUUAGGGCAAAGAAUAAGCAUCACUGUUAAUAUCGCUGAUGCAUUGGCCUACCUGCACCAUGAUAUCACAAGAUCCAUUGUCCAUUGCGAUUUGAAACCCAGCAAUAUCCUCCUGGACACUGAUAUGAAUGCAUAUUUGGGUGACUUUGGCAUUGCAAACCUCGUCCGUAAUUCAAAGUCAACAUCAGUUGGGCAUUCAAGUUCAGCCUCAACUUCAGAUGGCUCAAUUGGAUUGAAGGGAACUAUAGGAUAUAUUGCUCCAGAGUAUGCUCAAACUGGCCAAGCAUCAACUUAUGGGGACGUUUACAGUUUUGGAGUUGUUCUUCUAGAGAUGCUGAUAGAUAAGAGACCAACAGACCCUAUUUUUGACAAUGAACUCAACAUUGUCAAUUUCGCAGAGAGGAACUCUCCAGAUCAGAUACUGCAUAUCAUUGAUGAUCAUCUCCAAGAAGAGUGCAAGGGAUUCAUUCGUGCAACAGCGGAAGCAGGAAACGUGGUAUAUCAGUGCUUGGUGUCCCUUGUGCAAGUAGCUCUGUCUUGUACCCGUCUGUUCCCAAGAGAACGAAUGAACAUGAGAGAAGUAGCCAUGAAAUUGCAGGCAGCCAGAACAUCAUAUAUAUGUUGGAGCAAACAAACCAGAGCAAGCUAUGCCACACUAGAGUGA